UAAUAUCAAGGACUUUUUAAUUCCAUGUUUAUUUCCUAGAGUCUUAUGUGAGUCGAUGUAAAUUAUUCUUUCAUAUUUGUGUUUAGUGAAAAUGUCAAAUUGUACGAAUGAGGAAAUCGCUGAAAAAAAGCGGAUUGCGCUAGAGAAAUUGAAAGCUAAAAAAACAGGAUUAGCACAGAACAAGAUUCCACUUUUGGCGAGAAAUUUCGAUAAUCGGCAAUUGAUUGCCGAUAUUAACCAAAACAGUGCAGAGCGAGUAGGAGAAAGUACUCACCAUGGUCAAGAAAAGGCUGACAAUAGGGCUUCCUACUUCAUUAGUGCUCUGAAAAGUAGCCAAUUAAUGGUUAAGCGACAACACCAGCAGCAUGUAGUCAGAGAUAACGCACAUCCUUAUAAGGGUAAUAAAAGCAGGGACGCUCUAAAAGAACAAAAUGCUGUUGCCAUUAACUGUAAUGUGUACAUGAUAAGCUCGGAAAGGUUCGAGGUGCAGCCAUCUAGCUAUCAUUCCAAGUUGAUAGAAGUGUUUAAGUCAAUAAAAUCAAGAUCUUAUGAUGCAGUGACAAAAAAUUGGAAUUUCGCCUUAAACGAUUACAGAUUAUUUCAAGAGCGUACUUUACCUCUAAAACCAGACGUAGUUGUUGGUAGCAUACCUAAGGCAGUGUUUGAUCUUUGUCUAUCGUCAACAGGAAAAGCAGAUAGAUCUUGCUUAAUUUCCAUUGAAACCAGUUUAUGUGAAAAACUUAUGCCGUUUCAGCAGGACGGAGUUUGCUUUGCUAUAAGCCAACACGGAAGAGCAAUGAUUUGCGAUGAAAUGGGAUUAGGCAAGACAUAUCAAGCCAUUGCUAUCGCCAGCUUCUAUCAAGAAGACUGGCCUUUGCUUAUCUGUACAACUGCUUCAACGCGUGAUUCUUGGGCUACCCAUGUAAGGGAACUUUUACCGUCUCUCCCUGUACACUACAUACAGAUUUUAAGUUCCAGUCAACAAUAUAUAAAUGAGGUCAAAGUUCUUAUAACUAGUUAUGGUAUGAUGGAACGUCAUGUAUCUCAGAUUAUGGAACGUAAAUUUGGUUUCUUGAUUUUUGAUGAGUCACAAAACCUAAAAAAUUCAAAAGCUAAAUGUACUGUAGUGGCUGAUCGCUUAUCUCAACAAGCCAGAAGGGUAAUUCUACUCUCAGGUACUCCUGCUUUAUCGCGACCAGUGGAAUUGUAUAGUCAAUUGCAAAUCAUCAGACGCAACUUUAUGAGCUUUACUGAUUUUACUGUCCGUUACUGUGAUGGUAAACAAACUAGCUUUGGAUGGAAUGCUGCAGGUCAAUCCAAUCUUAAAGAACUAAAUGUGAUUUUAAAAUUGAAGUUCAUGAUUCGUAGAACAAAAGCGGAAGUCAUGAAAGAUAUGUCGGCGAAAAUUAGAGAAGUGGUUACGUUAGACCCGGCUAUUGUUUGCUCUUCUGACGAAGUUAGAGAAUCAUUGAACGCGGAAGCUCGAAAUUUGCAAACUUGUAAUAGGGAAAUUAGGAGCAAAGUGUUAUUAAAAUUUUACGCUCAAACUGCCGAAGUCAAAAAAAGAGCUGUUUGUUCUUACCUCAAAAAAAUCGUGAAAGAACAGAAAAAAUUUAUCGUAUUUGCUCAUCAUCGGGUGAUGUUGGAUGCCAUUUCUGAUAGCUUCAAUGCGUUGCAUGUGAUGCACAUACGUAUAGACGGCAGUACCUCUCAACAAGACAGAGGAUGCUACGUCGAUCAAUUUCAAAAAAAUAUUGACUGUCAAGUGGCUGUAUUGUCAUUAGGUUCUUGCAAUUCUGGCAUAACGCUAACAGCUGCAGAUUUGAUAAUAUUUGCUGAGCUCACUUGGAAUCCUACAAUUUUGGCCCAAGCGGAGAGUCGAGCUCAUCGCAUAGGUCAACCAAAGCCGGUUAUAUGUCGCUAUUUAAUUGCUAAACAAACCGCAGAUGAUCACAUUUGGAAUCUAUUAAAGACUAAGCAAGAUACCCUGAAAAAGGCCGGCAUAUUCUGUGAAAAUCUUCAAGAUGCCACAAAUGCAAUGGCAUCAACAAAGAUCGAGACGACUCUGCAUCGUCUAUCAUCAGAAGUGUUGGAUCCCAAUGUUGAGUCAUCUGCGCUGAAUGAGGUGAAUGAAACGCCACAUGUAAGCAAAAAUAGCAACGCUAUUGAGGAAUUCUAUCAAGAUGAUGAUGAAGCCUUUCUAAACAUAUCGUGCUAACAUUUUCAAAGCUAUGUUGUAUUAGAUUAUUUGUAAAUAAAAUGAAAUUCUAUAAAUAGCUAUCCAUUCGCAUA